UUCGGUGUAACUUGAAACUGUCAAAACUUCGAGAGGAAGGGGAAAUUCCAUCUGUUCCCACUCCCGGUUCACUACGGGAUCUCGGGAAAAAAUCUCUAAAGAUGGAAAUGUAGCCGAAUCUAAAUAAAGAUGAAUUUGUUAUUUGUUGAAAACUAAUCAAUUCGGUUGAUGCACGAGUCGAUUCCUUUAAGCAAGCUUAGAAAAAAGGUGGAAUCAUUCAGAUUAUUCACUUGGUCAACAAUAAAAGGUUGUGGAAAGAAGACGAUACUAAUGAAGAACAAGAAUGUAGGCGUGAUCUAUCAGUCUAUACUAUAGUGACCAAAGGGCGUGGCUAAUGAUAUCUAUUAUUUUGUAGUCUGCUCCAUACGUCAGUGAUGGUGUAUGACUGGUUGCCAGGCUAACCGGCAGAAUUUGUGUAUGAAAAUCAAAUAGUAAACAUUUGAUACGGUGACUGCGAAUCUUGAUUGACCUGUUUUUGAUUAUCUGAAAUCUGAAGGCUAUUCAGAGUGAAAGGGAGGUGAAGCAGAAUCAAUUUUUGGAUUUGCUAUGAGGAGUUCCAAUCUGUAACAAACAACCUUGCUGUGCGUGCGACAAUCUUGUUUCUAAUCGGUAUUUCCCGCAUUCUGAAUUUGUUAUAGCCCUUCAAAUCCUUCAGAAACGCCCAAAGAAUAAUGUCUGCAGGACGUGUGUUUGUAUAUGGGGGUAGAGGGGCCCUGGGAGCCAAAUGUGUUUCUCAUUUCAAAGCCAACAACUAUUGGGUAGGAUGCAUCGAUCUAGGAGAGAAUUCUGAGGCUGACUUCAAUAUUCUGGUCAAAAAAGAAGAGUCUUUCCAGCAACAGGAAUCCAGCAUCUUGUCAUCUGUAAGCUCAGCUUUAAAUGGUGCCAAACUAGAUGGCAUCUUCUGCGUCGCUGGAGGAUGGGCAGGAGGAAACGCUACCAAGGAUCUGGUGAAGACAGCAGAGUUGAUGUGGCAGCAAAGUGUGUGCAGUUCUUUGAUUGCUGCAGCUAUUGCGGCACAUCAUCUCAAGGAUGGGGGAGUCUUGCAGCUCACUGGGGCGAAGGCAGCUUUACAGCCUACACCAGGAAUGAUUGGUUAUGGUAUGGCAAAAUCGGCUGUACAUCAGUUGACAAAAUCUUUGGCAGCAAAGGAAAGUGGGCUUCCAGCCAACUCUCUGGUAGCUGGCAUACUUCCAGUAACUUUGGAUACGCCUAUGAAUAGAAAGUGGAUGCCUAAGGCCGAUUUCUCUACCUGGACUCCCUUAGAAUUUGUUGCUGACUUGUUUGUGAAAUGGGUAGAAGGCAAGAAUAGACCCGAAUCUGGAGCACUACUGCAGUUGAUCACGAAGAAUUUCCAAACAGACGCGGUUCCAGUAUAAAUCAAACAAAUAGCAAACGGUGGCCAAAUUGGAUCGUCUAGAAGCGACACUAUGACUGAUCGCCAACGGGAACAUUAGAAAAAGAAAGUUAAAUAAAUGACAAUCAGUUUACACUUCAUAGCAAGCAUUAUGUUGCAUUAUGUUAACAUCGUCUUUCAUUUCUUAGGGAUACCCACGUUUGUUCUUUACUAGACCUAUAACCUCUCCUGUUAAUAUCCAAUGGAAAACCGAUGAAUUAAGAUAAGUUAAAGUUAGUAUACUAAAAUAAUUAAGCCUAAGUGAUAAUAACUGUGUUUUUUGAAGCUUCUCGUUCCCGACCAGUUAUAGGACAGCAUUUAAGACGGUCUUCUCUUAAAAUACCAAUCGAAUCACACGGACCAAGAUAAUAAUAUCGUGUAAUAAAUGUUAUAUUAUGGAUCUGUUAGAUUAUUGUUUAUAUUUUUGUUACGUUUUCGUGGACAAUAAUAAAUGUUAUGCUCAGCAAAA